UCGAGUUGUGUUUCGCUCUCAGCCCCUGCCCCCCACGCCCCGCGCUCGUCUCGCCCGCAUUCUAGUCGUGGGUGUCGCGCUGUGCAGUCCUCGCGUGUGCCGCUCAACUUAGUGCGCCGUUUGUGAGUGCUUUAGUUUUCGCUCGAGUGACAGUGUGACGACGAAAACCAGUUGCCCAUCGCGGAGGAUGUUAACAGCUCACGAUAUUAGCUGUUGACACCAUAGACGCAGCCCACCGGCCAUUUGUUCUCACCCCCCGCUCCCCAAAACAUCUCCAAGAUUGCUGCCACCAUGGGCCGGAAGAAAAUACAAAUAUCUCGGAUUACAGAUGAACGGAAUCGACAGGUUACGUUCAACAAAAGAAAAUUUGGAGUGAUGAAGAAAGCUUACGAGUUGAGCGUCCUGUGCGAUUGUGAGAUUGCCCUCAUCAUCUUCAGUUCAAACAACAAACUCUACCAAUAUGCUAGCACUGAUAUGGACAAGGUAUUACUGAAGUACACGGAGUACAACGAGCCGCACGAGUCUCUAACCAACCGGAACAUCAUCGAGGCGCUAACGAAGAAAGAGCAUAAGAACGGAGUGAUGUCACCAGACAGCCCUGAAGCGGAACCGGAAUACAACCUGACUCCCCGCACUGAAGCGAAGUACUCGAAAAUCGAUGAAGAAUUCCAAAUGAUGAUGCAGAGGAACCAGUUGAAUGGGAGGAGCGUGGGAGUUGGAGUGGCAGGGAGCAAUUAUAAUCUUCCUGUCAGCGUUCCAGUGGGAAGUUACGACCAAUCACUGUUACAAGCUAGUCCUCAGAUGCACACCUCUAUCAGUCCACGGCCUUCGUCUUCGGAAACCGAUUCAGUGUACCCAAGCGGUGGGAUGCUCGAAAUGUCAAACGGAUACCCAGGUUCCGGCUCGCCUUUGGGCGCCGGUUGUACGCCUUCCCCAUCCCCGGGACCGGCUCCCUCGCCCCACCGUCAUCCCCACAAGCAUGCUCCCCCGCCCCACCACUCACCACGGCAUAACAACCUUCGCGUCGUCAUACCCAGCUCUAUGCCACCACCACAAGAUGAUAUCUCGUAUACCGGAGAGACACCGCUAAGCUACCCAGGACUUGGAAAUUUCGGACCACAAGACUUCAGCAUGAGCUCAGACAUGGGGAUUGGACUAUCGUGGGGCGCGCACCAACUGCAUACACUACAGCACAACAGGUACAUUAGCAGCUUACCAGUGUUAGGUGGUGGGACUCCCCCACCGGCCGCGUCGCCUAGCAACGUGAAGAUAAAAGCCGAACCAGUGUCGCCGCCACGUGCGCCUGACCAUCUACAUAGAGGUCAACCCGCACCGCAGCCCGCACAUAUUUCUGGCGUUAUUGAUGGUUCAAUAAGUUCAAGUAACCUGGGUUCGCCUGCAGGCCAAGACAUGCGUCACAGCGCCGUGCCGCUGGACUACGAGCAGCCACACACGAAGAGGCCGCGCAUCGAGGGUUGGGCCACAUAGCUAGGCCCCGAGGCCUACGGGCCCUACUCGAGGCCCCUCCACCCGCACUGCUAGGCCCCGGUUAGGCUCCUAGGCCACGGAAGGCCCCGGGCCUCCUGUCGCACUUCACCCCGUCCCCGGACACGCUCUUUCGAGGGCAGGUUAGACCCUUUAUACGUAAUUCAUGUUACACUUAGACGAUCUUCGUUGGACCCGUAGAUAGCAUUCUAAUUUCCCGUGUAUAUAGAUGUUAUAUGUGCGAUCCGUGCCAUUGUCUAUUUAGCUUAAAUGUUAGUCAAUUUGAGUCAAGUGAGUGAACUGUACGGAGGUGAAGAGACACUAUAGUGCAAGUUGAGAAAGAAUUGACUAUGUGUUAGUGUUUUAUAGUUUUUUGUGCCAUUUAAUAUCAUAGUGUGACAUCCGAACUUUGAUCUUUGUAAGUGUAGCAUCAUCACAGAAUAUAUAUAUCGUAUUUAUACACAAGAAUCAUAUAUGUAUACACGUCCCGUUAGGUACGAAUGUUAUGUAUUUAGUAGGUAAUGUUAGCUAGACCAGUAUAAAAUGUACCACACGAAGCUUUAAAAAUCUUAUGAACACUCGCACUUUAAGCAGUCUUGGUAUAACGAGGUAUAUACACUAAAUUAGAUUUCUACAAUUCGGUAUUGAUUCAAGGUCAAUGUCUUCGAAGUUUCUUGUGACGACCAAAUAUUAAAGUCAAUUUAUCACCUACUUAUCUGGUACUUGAGAAGUACGGUUAGCGUAGCGAUCGGUUACUGGUUGUUUUGUUAAUGUGAUCUGAAGCAUUGCAAACACAAAUUAUAAUAGGCUAAAACACAAAAAUAUAUUUAUCAAAUGAUAUAUUUUAAUAUUGCACUACAAAUCACACUCCUAUUUUUAGAUGUGUAACCAGAUUAAUGAAAUAUAUUUUUAGUUUUUGAAAUGCUAUGAUAUCUUUGUGCUUUGGACCACUAUUACCUUCACUGUAGUUGCCUUACUCACAGUGCCUAAGUGUACCCAUAAAAGGUUCUAUUGUAUAUCGUAGCUAACAUUCACUCACUGCGGCCGUUCAAGUAUUACGUAAGCAGAUUUACUGCAAUUUACCCCCCCCCCCCCCCCCCCCAAAGUGAGCAAAGCUCUAUUAUAUAACUAUAUAUCUAAAAAUAAUAGUACAUAAACGUAUUAAUUUUUUGUCGGGAUCCUCGAAAAUACAUUUCGUAUUCAAGCAUAGACAAUGUGUGCGUAAUGUGUAAAAAAGUAAAUAACUUAAUAGUGUUUACGUAAUACUUGAAUGCCCCCCUUAUAUGAACCCAAGACCUAGCGUUUCCCCAAUGGUGCAUACUUCGAUUAUUUUACGCUAAUUUAUGUUCGCUUAUACGCUGUCGCUUGUCUUGGGUUUUAUAUUUAUUUUCAAUACAUAAACUAUUCACAUAUUAUAAACAUAAGUACAAUGUAAAUACAAAAUUAUACGAUUGUUGUUGUAUGUAAAAAUCACUAUUUUAAUACUUAUUUAGAGUAAUCCUUCAAGUCACAAUAACAAAAUUUUGUAUAUUUGUUAAAUAUUGUGUACAGGGAAGUACUGGUUUGAUGUUCAAAAGUCUGAAGGAUCGAGAAUGUAUUUUCGCAUUGUAUUAUAAUAUACACGUUUAGGAUAUUUUAAUACCAUAAUGUUUUCCCGAAGGGAGAUAUUCUUGUAAAAAAUUGUUAGUACUGCACUGUCGUAUCGAUGUUUCCGGUCUAUUCGGCCCCAAAGUUCCUUUUCCCGUGCAUUCUUUGAGAUUUGCUCAAAUCGUUUGGCUAAUCCUUGUAUCGUAUAGUUUAAAAUUGUUGUGAUGUCUUGAGCGUUCUCUAUAAACCCUCUCGCAGCCGAUACCUUUAAGGAAGUGCACGAACUUAUUUAAUCAGUGUCGGAUUUCCGAAUAGGACAUAAGUAUUAUAACCAUAUUUAUAUGUAAAACUACAUAGACUCGUCGAUUGCACUUUAAUUAUAUCGACUAAAACAGUAAGCUGGUAUUGGGAGCAUUAUUUCCGAGGUUGUGAGGUUUGCAUCGGGAAUGAUUUCACUACGAGUAUAAGUAUAUAAUAAUCAUUUCACGCACAACUGUGUUGUGUGUUUUGUAAAGCUUGGUUUGUUUUAGAUGUGCCGUUGUAUGUUUGCCCCAUUCUGUGGGGCAGAGGCGACCCCUUAGUGCGGGAUCAUUGCAUUUAUGAAACAUUAGUCAUAAGUAAAUAUGUGGUCAUCGGGCUCCGUGCAUUAGAUGUGACUCUCGCCCCUGCCCCACAGCCACUCGAACAACCCAAAUAGAUAGUAGGACUAUACAUAUCCUUUAUGAAUACUCAGUCGAUUUCACCUUCAAUUGUAACGUCAGCUGUGCAAUACAUUGUAACGAUUGCUUAGGUAGGUUUUAGUUUUAUUUUCGUUUGAAUUUACAAAGAAUGCAAAUCAGUUGUAUUUUAUCGAUAUUUUUAUUGAUAGCGCCUUCGGUAUUUCGGAGGUGAGUUAAGUCAUAAUUAUAAUUAUUUUAUAAGUUGAGGCCGGGCCAUGAGGCAUUUCUGCAAUUUGUGUAAAUGAUUCAAACAUCUCAGUGGCUGAAUGAAUUAAUGUUAAUGGACAGUGUUAGAAAAUUGUUAUAAAUUAUUUUGAUGACUGUUCGAAGGAUAAUAAAGAGUUGGAUGUCA